ACUAAAGCGAAAGGCGGGAUUUGCUGGAAACGGCCGAAAUGAAGGUGAAGUGAUGCUAAGCUAACGAGAACAAAAAAGAAGAAAAGCAGAAAGUUUGGUUUGUGGCGCUGAAGCGCGUUUAUUACCAUGUAAACGAUCAAAAUCACAAAAUACAUCAAACAGUUUAAACACGGUUCUUUCUGAACAACAUGGGAACGAGAUCGAGUCGUUUACAGGAGGAAUCGGUGUGUGGACCGCUGGACAAGAACGGCGGCGUCAAGCGAGAAUCUUUCAGGCGAAUCCGCAGCUCAAGGCCCAGCAGCCUCGCACUCGAUUUUCCCUCCAGCUUCGACCGCGACUCGGAAAUCAACCAGAGCCGCAGUGAAGAAAGCAGUGACUCGGACACCGGCCGCCGUGUUUCCCCGACGGAUACCGAUAACGGUACCGUCCACAGUGUUGAGCCGGAAACCGAUCACGAUGAUGACAGUCCCGGAAUCCCCGCGCGCUUCUCAUCAGAGGAAACCGCAAGCAGUGUCGCGCUCCGGGCCUCGGCUGAGAGACUCACCGGGGCACAUAGACACUCUUCCGGGCGGAACACCACUGCGAGAUCAGCGCGGGUCCGGACUACCAGGCCCGUUUCCGAGGCGUGGAUCGGGCUGUACAGAGUCAGACACAGCUUGCGCUGUCCAUUCUGCACCAGGAUGUUUCCUGGAGGACGUAUUGAGGAGCACCUCCUCACCUGUCUCACCUCUCCACCUCUACCUUAUAACACUGAUGUUCUAAGUAAAGAUAGUGGAGAGUGUUCCAUCUGCCUGGAGGAGCUGCUGCAGGGGGACACCAUCGCUCGUCUCGCCUGUCUCUGUGUCUACCACAAAAAGUGUAUUGACUCCUGGAGUUCUGUGAAGCCCUGCUGCCCUGAACAUCCAUUCAACUGAGUGUGGUUUUCUCUCAGCCUGCUUGGCUCUGGGCUUUGUGCUGCUGCUCGCUCCAUCAGUGUGCUACAGUGUGGGUGGAGGAGGACAAGGUGGAGGAGGACAAGGUGGAGGAGGACAAGGUGGAGGACUGGAAUGGAAACGAGUUGCUGUUUUACUUUUUGCUACCGCAGGACAUCGCUCGCUGUGAGACGGUACAUCAACUAAAUAAACUGUAAAAGAUGAGAAGAACUGAUUCACACUCAGAAAUGAAAGCCGUGUGUGUGUGUGUGUGUGUGCAUGUUGGAGAUUUGCUUUUAUGAAUCAAAUAUGUUUUUUAUAUCUGUAAAGAGGAAAACUGCAUUUCAGCGCUCUUCAAUUAGAAAUUUUGGGUGAUUUAGUGCACAGUGACUUUUUGUGCUGGAGUUUAAUUGAUGUGGCAUCGUGUGUGUGUGUGUGUGUGUGUGUGUGUGUGUGUGUGUGUGUGUGUGUGUGUGUUUGGGUCGAGGAUUGAAGGACAGGGUGAAGGUUAGUAAUAUGUGGAUGAACAGGACUGUCAUGUUCUUAUGACUCCACUUGGACACAGAAGGUGGACCUCUAAAGAAGUGACUUAACUUCCACUUGACUUUUAAACCCAAAGCCAAGUGUCUCUUACACACACAGGGUUCCAAAAGGUUUAGCUUUUUCUAAAAUGACCAUUUUAAACACAUUUAUUAAAUAUAUAGAAAUGCUUUACUUACAAUCAUCAUUGCAUCAAAUCUCAUGGUGCUUAUUGUAAACUACAGUCAACCUAUUAUUAUUAUUAUCAUUAUCAACGUGACUCUGGAGUUUUGCCAAAUGUUCUGUUGUAAAGCAUAUUUAUAAUAAAUUUUACUUCUGUAGCAUUUUUUUUUAUAUGUUAAUGUGUGUUUCAGCCUUUCAGGUGUGAUAUCAAAACUAUUAUUUAUAAAUGAUGUUCCUCUGGAGUACUGUGUGUGUGUGUGUGUGUGUGUGUGUGUGUGUGUGUGUGUGUGUGUGUGUGUGUGUGUGUGUGUGUGUGUGUGUGUGUGU